CGAAUGUUUCCGUCCUAACCACCAAAAACCGAAACUGUAAAGGAACUUGUUCGGUAACAUCGCAAAAAUCUAUUAAUUUGAAACAUUAAACGACUGCUAAGUGCUGGUGUUUUAUCAAAAAAAUAUUGGUAUAAUUCAAACGGAUUAUUUCCGGGGCUUCACAUUUAUCUUUAUUUUUAAUUUCAGCCGUACUACUAAUGUCCGUUAACGACAAUGAACAAGCUAUCGAACAACUUCGUGAUCUAUAUUUAUCUUCAAUUGUAGCGGAACCAUUCAGUUCUUUGGAAGAACUCAAUGGCAAUUAUCUCAGUAAUAGCAAGAUUACAAUUGCUCAAAAAGCAAAGGUCGUUCCAUUGCGUUUGCAGUAUGACGAGCGAAAGCUUUUGCGCUUAUUAGAAGCCUCGCUCAACGUUAGUGAUUAUACUGACGUAGUUGAUAUUUUGACAUUUUCUACGCCUGCAAAACGAACUGCUACUCAGCUGAAAGGUAUUUCAUCUAUUCUUUCUGGAAUAAUGAUCGCCUAUGAUUACCAGGUUGGCCAGGAAUUAUUAAAACAUCGAAACUAUGAGCAGUAUGCAGAUUUUUUUCAAUCUAUUUUUGAGAUUGGCAGGCGUUACAAAGUUUUGAAUCCAGACAAAAUGAAGGUCACAUACGGAAAAAUGAUGUACGUCGUACAGGAUUCCAUGUUGCCUGAGGUUAAAGACGUGCUGAGCUUCAGCUUGUUUAAACCAAUUUUGACAGUGCAUGAGUUUUUAAGAUUACACGAAGCACUUGGUUUACUCGAUGAUCCCUUGGUGAAGCUGGCUACUGCCGAAAUCAUUCCGGACAAUAAAUCCAGAAAAGUAUUACAGAAAGAAAUUCGUGAGAAGGAACAAGCUGUGGAAAAGCUCGCCCGCAAGUACACAAAUACAACCACGUCCAAAGAUCAGAUUCGUUGGUGCUUAUAUUCACUUGCCGACAGCAACGCUUAUUUACGUGCUAACCGGGAUCCUAUACACAAGUUACUAUCCAUAAUUGAACAAUACUUCUCGCCCACAGAAAUUGAGGACGAUUUCAAUUUGAGCAUCAGUGCCACAAACGGUUCUCGUUUAGUGCAUGAUCACUACAAGCAGUAUCACUACGUCGUGCAAAGUCUACAACUUUGGUCACUUAUUAUGGGUGAGAUCUUUUCACUUUGGGCUCUCAGCGAUUUAGAGCUGUGCAAUCCUGAAACAACUUACACCUUAAUCGAUAACGGCCAGGGUAUACAUCGUAUGCAGCCUUGUCCAAAAAUCCGUGAAGCAAUGGAGCGUAUUCUUCGGCGUGCACAAACGGCCUCUGAUUCUUGGAUUGGUAGCACAACAAUUCAUCUUGGUGAUACAGCUGUACCUAAUGCGCUGAUUUUCAUUGAUAAGUAUAUGCAAGUCCCUAGAAUUUUGUCGCCCUUAGUUUUAGUACUGAAGGAACUUGAUGAACUGAAGGAUCCGGGUGUAUUGCAGUAUAUUGAGAAUGCCUUUAUAACUAAGAGAGACCUUGAGAAAACAAUUCUUGCCGAUUUUAUGAGAUACGCAUUUGACGGCUCAGGAGCUGACAAUUGGUUUGAUGCUGGAAGUUGCAUUGACGGAAGAUUAACAAGCGCUUGGAAUUGGGCCAAUACUAUUCAUACGCGUGAAUACUAUCGGAUACUCUUGAUGUCUGGUUUCUUAAGUUUUAACGGUGAAUAGUUGGAUACAAGGCGCAUCCCCUGCUGUAUCCCUGUAUCGCUACGACCUGAUCGAUAUUUAACGAUUGAGUUGGAACUAUUAAACAGAAACACUGGCUUUCCACACUUCUCCCGUGAACUAUGAGUAAUUGUGCUCGCAUAUCAAAAACCAUAUUUUCGAUUUCCCCAGUAGCUAGAGUCUUCCAGUUUGCUGUUUUAUCCCUUCAAUCUGGAAACCAUACGACCUACAGCACCAGUUAUAUUUUAGAAUUUUCAGCUAUAGAGAAUAAAAAAUACAUCAAUAAUAGUUCUUAGUAAGAUUAUAAUUUCUACAACAUCU